CGUCGACGUUUUGAUCACUAUUCACGCGCGCGCUAGGGAUUCAUCUUCUUUAAGCCAACGCGUCCGUCCCCCUCAAUUUCUCACCCUCCUAAGCCCUGCGACGCCACUCCUCCGCCGUAUCUUCCGCCGGUGCCGCUCCUCCGCUGCACUUUACCUCCACAAUUCCUAAUAGUCAACACAACGUGCAGAUUUUUCUUACGCCAUUUUCUAAUGGCGUCGUCGAUGAAAUUCACAGAUUGCUCCCCUUCCGCCACUGUCCGUCUUUUUCCCUCUGCUCGAACCAGGUUUCGAAGCUCCGAUGGCGCUGUUCUCUUUCACCGUCUUCUUGACCGUUCGCGCCCUGCCUUCCCUAGAACUUUCGUUUCUCGCUCUUCGGCUUCAACUUUGCCCGUCAUCUCUGCUUCAAUUUCAACCCAAUCAACUGCUGAAGUGAUUGAUGGAAAAUUGGUGGCGAAGCAGAUUAGAGAGGAGAUUACUGCUGAAGUAUCUCGAAUGAAGGAUGCCAUUGGUGUUGUUCCAGGCUUAGCAGUCAUCCUUGUAGGAGAUAGGAAGGAUUCAGCAACUUAUGUACGAAAUAAGAAAAAAGCUUGUGAAUCUGUGGGUAUUAAAUCUUUUGAAGUAAACUUACCCGAAGAUUGUACCGAGCAAGAAGUACUCAAGUAUAUAUCCGACUUCAAUGAUGAUCCAUCUGUCCAUGGAAUUCUUGUUCAGUUACCUCUACCUAAACACAUGAAUGAACAGAAUAUAUUGCAUGCUGUUAGUAUUGAAAAAGAUGUAGAUGGAUUUCACCCACUAAACAUCGGUCGUCUUGCAAUGAGAGGUGAAGAACCAUUGUUUGUUCCAUGUACGCCAAAAGGGUGUAUUGAAUUGCUGCAUAGAUAUAACAUUGGUAUCAAAGGGAAGAGAGCCGUUGUAAUUGGGCGAAGCAAUAUUGUAGGAACUCCAGCUGCUCUUUUGCUUCAAGGAGAAGAUGCAACGGUCAGCGUUGUUCAUUCUAGAACCAAAGACCCUGAAGAGUUAACAAGACAAGCUGAUAUCAUCAUAUCUGCUGUUGGCAAAGCCAAUAUGGUGAAGGGCAGUUGGAUAAAGCCCGGAGCAGUUAUUAUUGACGUCGGAAUUAAUCCAGUAGAGGAUGCAAGUAGUCCUCGUGGAUAUCGGCUAGUUGGAGAUGUUUGUUACGAGGAGGCCAGCAAAAUUGCUUCAGCCAUUACUCCAGUACCCGGGGGAGUUGGACCAAUGACAAUAGCGAUGCUGCUUUCGAACACACUUACAGCAGCCAAAAGAACACACAACUUCCAGUAAAAUUUUGGAAAGUUUAUUAUAAUUUCAUGGAAAGCUUCCGUUUAGGAAGGAAGGACGAAGCGGUAAAAUAACCCCCCAUGUGAGUGAGCUCAUAUCUUUUCAAAUUCACAUUUUAAAGUUAUUUUCUUUUGUGAGAAUGAGUUUUGGAGAUGGUUUUUGUUUGUGUUGAGUAUCGUCAACACUUGUAACUUGUUGGGUAUUUUCUAUUCUGAAUAACCACAGGGGAAUAGGAAUACACAUUUUGUAGUUUAACAUUGUAUCAAAUCUAGUUAGGGGUGCAAAUUAUAAUGAUGAACUAAACUGACCAAAAUUUCAAUUUUUGGUCAGCUUGAUGGAAAUAAAAUUUGCAGCUAUUUAUGAAAGGUAAA